AUGGACGACAAUUACUUGAAGUUCUCGUUGUUGUCUGUGAUCACGCGCGAUCUGGUCACAAAGGGACAAGUUCAAGGCACAGGAACCACGGUGCGUUUCCCACCCCUGAAAAAGAGAAAGAUCUCACUUGGAAAGUGGUUCAAGCGGUUGUCUGGAGAAGAGCGGCUGUUUCUGUCCAUGGCUGUGGGAGGAUUCACACUGGCCAAUUUCCAGCAACUGUUUUCGAUUCUGUGGUGGAGCAAUAAGUCUGUUCUCAAGCGAUACACCCACAAGCGACUUAUUGGCACACUGGUGAAGUUGUACAGAUUGGGCUGUUUCAACCUUGCUCUACUCUUUAUUGGGUAUUACUGGUACCGCAUUUUCUUUGCCAAUGAUGGCAAGAAGGAGCGGGAUAUUCUGGCUGAUGUGAAUCUCAAUAACGAAAAGAACCGGGGACCCAUCUUUUCAGAUACACCUGAAAAAAUUGAACAAGGAGGCAGUAUUCUGCAUGCCGUUCUCAAGGUUGAGGGAGAGGAUCUCCGGGUGUCUUACGAGCUGAAGGGAAGUUGUACUGUGAUCAUUUCCGUGCCCUCCAGGAAGAUUGUUUCCAGGGUCGACUGCUUUGACUCCAAGCAUUUCGAAAAGUAUUCCCGGUUGCAUGCGAUUGACAAGGACGCAGUGGUCACCUUCUAUGAGCGUGAUCAGGACAAGUGCUACUUUUACAUCCACGGAGAUCAGUACACUGAGACCAGUGGGGUUGAGUUUGCUAAAUGCGGCGACAAGUAUGAGGGGAUCACGAGUUCUGCUCUUUGA